CCGCACCUAGCAUUCCCCGCUGCCCAGGGCUCGUACGCCCCGCCCCACGCAGCUUACGCUUCCCCCGCUCCCUACGUGGCCCCUGGAUACCCGUCGUACCCCGUACCCACUGCAUACGGCACACCGAGUCCCUACGGAGGGGUUCCGUUCCCGACGGCUGCGUAUGGAGCGCCUUAUAGCUACCCAACGCCUCAGUAUUCUGUUCCGCUGCUAGGGUACGGAGGAACCGUUCUGCCCCAUGCUGCUCCCAAGGAUGCGUACGCAGCACCAGAGCCAGAGCCCGCUGCUGACUACAAGGCGCCUGCGGCUGACUACAAGGCGCCUGCAGCUUGACUAUAAGGCCCUACG